CUGGCAUCAUCUGAUUAAUUUAUUUGAGUUUUUAAAUUAUCACAACAAUAUUAAAAGGUGAAUUAUCUUUUGCGUAGGUAAUAGCAAUAUUUCGGAUGAUUCAUACAUAUACGUCAUUUUCUACUUACUAAAAUAUUGUUACUCUUAUAUCUCUUAUACAUUUAUUCCCACUUCCAUAAAAUGUUUAAUUUAAGCCCGCCAAGUUUAUUAAAACCAUCAAUUCCGAUCGUGCAUCAAACGAGACCAACCAUGACUAGUACGUCCAAUUUUGAACCAAAAAUAUCUUUGGAAACACCAUUAGCAGAUUAUGAACGUCUCAUGGAACAGCAUGUCCAAUCGGAAAAUGUAGAAGAUGAUUAUACGUUAGAGAAUAAUUAUAAGAAAAUAGCUACUCUCGCACGAGAAACUGUGGAUAAACUUCUGUUUGAAGGAAGUUCCAUUACAAAGGAGAAUCAAGAAAAAAUCGCAAAGUUUUUAAACAAAAUAAAGGAGGAUGCUUGCUUCUUUGACCCGACCAGUUAUAAUGAAUGGAUAAUUGGUGUGCGCGACAAGCUGUUGAAAAAUAAUAUGAUUGACUUUUGGCGUGAACACAUGGUCAAAAAAGAACUAGGUAUUUGUUGGGCCAGAGAUUCUGAUUAUUUUGAUGACAUGGAAGACCCAUCACCGAGAGAAUUUUACAAUUAUGCUGGCUGCGUGGCACCUUUUGAACAAGUGGAUAACUCUAGUUUGUCAAAUUUUUUGAAUCUCUCGACCCCCGGUAUACUUCAAGCACCAAUUGCUUCUAGUAAUGCUUUAAAUUUUGAUGCUGCGAUUACGUUAGAAACUCCACUAGCAGAUUAUAAGCGUCUCAUGGAGGAAAAUGUUCAAUCAGAAAAUAUAAGUGAUGAUAACCUCAUAGAGAGUAAUUACCAGAAAAUCGUCGCUGUUGCGCACGACAUUGUGUGGAAGCUUCUUUUUGUACCUGGUUCCAUCACAAAAGAAGAUCAAACGAAAAUUGCAGAGUUCUUAAAAAAUAUUAAAGAGGAUGCGUGCUUUUAUGAUCCAAUUACUUAUAAUGAGUGGAUAAUUGGAGUACGGGACGAAUUGAUGAAACGCAAUAUGGUCGAUUUUUGGCGAGAGCACAUUGUAGAAAAGGAACUGGGCCCUUGUUGGGCCAGAGAUUCUGAUUUUUUUGAUGAUAUGGAAGAUCCCACACCAAGAGAAUUUUACAACUAUGCUGGUUGUGAGGCUCCAUUUGCUAAAGUAAACGAAAAAUGACAACACCGUUGUAUCUAGUGCACAGAUAAAAUGAUUCAUGUAUUGCAUGCAUAAAAAAAUUCAACAUUUGCGUCUCGAAAUAUUGAUAUACUUUACUUCCUUAAUUACACUUGUUUUGGCGAAUAACAACAAUUUGGUUACAUAUUUUUAUAUACAUAUAUUUAAAUUUUGUUUUGAUAGAAAGUUAAAUGUGUUUUUUCAAGAAAAUUAUUAAUAUUUAAAAUUUUACACAUCUUACACAUAAAUUAUAAUUGUAUGUAUGUGACGAACACAGGUGCGCGAACAAAAUAGAAUCGACGAUAAAAUGCCAGAAUCAACCAGACAGCGAAAUUCGUUGUUGCCAGAAUGUUGGAGUGGCACAUUUUUAUUAAAGAUCUAUUAUGUGUAUCAGAUACCGUUCUAGUUGAAAGUGCGACUGUGUAAAGAGUAAAUGAGAUCUGAAUAAGAAGUUGUAAACUCGAAUUAUGAGUACUAAGCGUUAAGUAGUGGGAAUUAGAAAUAAAGUGUAUAGACAUUAA